AUGCCAGUGCUUAACAUAUUUUUUACCUCAUCAACUUCGGCAAAAUCAAAACAACCAUGCAGUUCGAACAGGAACUUACCAGAUUCAUAUUUUGAAAACACCCGCAUAUCUCUACCCAGCCACCCUGGACAAGUACAUCACUCAAUACGAAAUCUUUUUCCAAUUAGAGAUAGAGCCAAACUACAAUUCUUAUCAGAAUAUAGAAGGAAACUUCAAAAGUAUUAUAUAUUAAAUAACAAACUACCUACAUCAUACUUCGAUCUAUCCUCUGAAAAACUUGAUUUACUCUCAAUACCCCAAGCACUUAUCCAAGAAAUUAGAUAUCUAUUCCUGUGCAACUCUAAGAAUAACAGUGAACUUAGAGAUUUAGUAGCCAAACUCCGAUGCAAUUAUAAAUUUAAAAAGCUUCCAAGUAACUUCAUUAUUCAUAAAAAACAACUUCCAAUAUUAUUAUCAUGA